CUUAAGGGUUUCAUAAGUCAUCUCUUCAUAUGGCAGGUAUAAAAGAUGUGAUAAGUCAUAUCUCAGGAAAGCGUAAGGAAGUGCAUCAAGAGUUCAACUGUUCAGAAGCAUAAAGGGACAGGAAGAGCAAAUUUGUGGAAUAUAUCGAUCUGCUUAACAUCCAAAUGUUAAUGCUAAUAUUUACGGAUGCGAAGGAUGCGGGUUUCACUGAAGAGCAUUUUUAACUUGGUAUGCACUGCAUUUGCUGUGUACACCCUUUUAUUCAUCUUAAACAUCUUGUCUUCGUCCCCUCAUCAAAGAACAAAUACCAAUGCAGUUUUAAAAACGUUGCGCCAAGAGGCAGAAAAUGAGCAGAUGACUGUCAAGUCUACUGUUAAAACAGACAUCACAAUCAGAAAUGAUAUUAUAGACGAUAUCCCUGAAGCAAUAACUGAAGAGAAUGCUCAUGAAUUUGACCGUAAAUUGCUGCAAGACAUGUUCUUUAAAAUAAAUCACAAAGAGGCACUACUUUAUGGAAAAUUCAGAGAGAAAAAAGGAUUUCUUACUAUUGGUAUACCAUCUGUAAAACGAAAAGACGUUUCCUACUUGGACACCACCCUGGCAUCUCUAAUCGAGCACUCUCUUCCCCAUGAACGUGAGCAUGUGGUGAUAGUACUUUUUUUAACGGACAGUAAUCAUACGUGGGUUGUAGAACGAGCAAACGAAAUAUAUAAACAGUAUAAAAAACACGUACAAAGUGGCUUUCUGCAGAUUGUUCAUCCACCGCAUAUAGCAUAUCCAAACUUCCAAUAUCUGGAGAGAAAAUAUAAUGACAGUAUGACAAGAGUGGCUUGGAGGAGUAAACAGAAUCUGGACUAUUCUUACCUGAUGACCUACUCCAGAAAUAUGUCACAAUACUAUCUACAGCUCGAAGAUGACGUCAUCACUACAACGGGAUAUCUUUCCAAAAUCAAAUCAUUUAUUAGCCAAAAUUCAAAGAAAACAUGGUUAUUUCUUCGUUUUUCUAAAUUGGGGUUUAUCGGCGUUCUCUUUAAAAGUUUCGAUUUACCUAAAGUAGCUGAAUUUUUAUUGGUUCUUUUCGAUGAAAUUCCAGGUGAUUUGUUAAUAAAUGAACUGAAGCGUAUCAAAGGUCAACAAAAGGACAUUCGCAAAAGACCUUCAUUAUUUCAACAUCUUGGAUUGAUUUCUUCUUUGGAAAAUAAGAUUCAAAAGAUCCAAGAUAAAGAUUUUCCUGGAUAUGUCAAACGUAAGAGUAUAGGAUGGACACCGGAAUCCAAAAAUCCAGAAGCCGAAAUUUAUACAAACAUGUCGGCUUACAAGACUUUCCAACCAGAGGCAGCAUAUUAUCCUGAAGAUAAAAACGAUUACUUCUGGGCUGUGAAUCCUAGGAACGCGACUUUUUACAGAAUAAUUUUCAAGAAACCUUUAAAUAUCACAACAAUAUCUAUAAAAAGCGGCAAUGAAAAACAUAAAGAUGACAAAUUGACGUCAGCUUCCGUCAGUGUGUCUUCUUUUGUUCAAUCAAAAAGUGACAGAUGUGAAAAGAGGACUAAGAUAGGAUUAUUUGAACAAGGAGAUUUUGUUUUUAAUUCAACUAAUAGUAAACUUUUGAACAACAUUCGAUGUGUGUCUAUUGAUAUUCACGAAGACCAAAAGACAUGGGUGGUUCUACGUGAUAUCAUAAUAAAAACAAGGUGAUAUUAACAAAAAGGUCGACUUUUCUAUCUGUGUUCAAUUCUAUAUUUUAUCUACCCUUACUACCCAAGGCCUCGUCUUUCAAGUAGACUGCAAAUUUUCAACUUGCGUUGUUUCUUAUAUUUAAUUGUCAUGUAUUUUAUUGUCAUGAGCAUUUUUUUUAUUAUUUUGUUUUGCAAUAUUCUAAAUGUUCUUCAAUGUUGCAUAUUGUAAGAAACUUUGAUUAAUAAUAUUGUUUAAUAAAAGAAAAUAUUAAAUAAA